AUGCUUUCAUCUUUUCGACUAAAUACUUUGAAACCAGGGACACGCAAAACUCUUGCUCUCCCCCACCUUUAUCGCUCAAACGGCUCGGUGGCUCGGUGCCCUCCUCCUGACCAUGAUACUGGAUGUACGCAUUGUAUGCCUCCCGACAUGUCUCUGUUUUCUGAGCGGAAAGAUUGUCGUGGAACUGCACCGUACUUUGAAAAAUUUUUAAUUGUCAAAACUGGAACUUCAGAUUGGCCCAGCAAACCUGCACUAAUGCCAGACAACUUUGGAUCAGAGUUCCUUCUUACUAGACGUAAAGUUCUUGACCCUACAUUCCCUGUUAAUCUUGUCUAUGACGAUUCAAUUCCAGAACCAUCCCCAAGCUCUCCCAAGUUGAUCUUACGCCCUCGAGCCCGCGGAACACACUCUGGCUCCACACCUUCUCUUUCGCGCAAAGCUGCUUCACUUCUUUCAGAUGCAUCCGACGGACCAACAAGCUCCGUGGUCAUGUACCCGGAUGGUGCCUACUUUCCCAAAAUCCCACUCACAGAUGUCUUGGCUUUCACUAAAGCACAUUUACUUUCGCCUGAUCAACACGAUGCGACAGCAGCUGCGGAUCUUGCUGUAAGACUCGAGAGACGCAACUUAGCAGGGGGUCAUAUAUUAAUUUGCGGUCACACUGCAAGAGAUGCACGUUGCGGUGCAGUUGGUCCAUUGCUUGCUGAAGAGUUUCGGCGAGUAUUAGGUGAUCGAGGAAUGCUGCGCGGAUCUGAUGAUGGAGAAGAUGUAUCGAGAGAAAACACAUACAUGGUAUCUUUAUGUACUCAUGUUGGUGGUCAUGUGUAUGCUGGUAAUGUUAUUAUUUUGAAGCCUGGGUCCUCAGGGCUGUGGUACGGAAACGUGUUCCCUGAGAACGUGCAAGGAAUUGUAUCGGAAACUCUUUUAAAAGGCAAUAAGUUCCCCAAUAUCAGACAGGCCGGGUCAGGUAUCUAUUUGGGCACGUUGGCACAUGCACUGCCUCGCUCUUCUUCACCACUACCACCAAAACACGCUACCAUAAGCAAAACAAAAAAACUUCCCACUCAACUCUUUAAAACUACUACUACUACCCCAGUCUAUUUCAAAUCUGUUCUCAUUUUUAUGCCACGGGAUGCUGACCUGGGCUCGCUUUUUUCUUUUGCUAUGCCCGUCACGCUUUCUCAGUCAGCAGAGAAAUCAGCUGCAAACCUUCCGGCCGAUGAUAUUGUAACUUCUUCGCUCCGUCAUGAGCGUCCUCCAGACAGAGACAACCACCAUCAACAGGCUCCAAGUCUUACAAACCCAGCUAAUAACCCUUCCUUCACUUCUGAUAUUUCUUCAUCAGGAACAUCACUUCAAUCAAAAAACAACCUCACAACACCGCCUUCCGAUGCGCAACAAAGUAAUCGGUCGAUCACGCAGGCUGUUGCUGAUCUUUCCGCAAAUGGUGCAAACAGGUCCCAACAGCACACUACCAAUGCAAAUAUAAAUGCAACUGUCAAUAAAAACAGCCAUUCUCUACCUUCAUUUUUUGAUCUUCCACAUCAACUAUUUGAUGACAUUUCCGAGAACUAUGUUGCCGACACGGUAUCAAGCCCUACGGCUGGCAUCGCGCUUCUUCUCGAUGCUAUUGAGUGCGAACUCAUACUCCCAUCACCUACCCCUAAGCCUCCUUCUUCCUCAACAUUAUCUCCAUCUCCAUCUUCUUCUUCAUUUUCAUCUUCACCACUUCCAGGUUUAACCUCUACCUUGACUCCUUCUACACCUUCUAAUCCUGCUUCUGAUGCUUGUGUUUUAACUUGUGGGUGUAUUGUUUCAGAAAAUGAAGCAAGAACGACUUUUCUUGCACCAACUACCGACUUUCACCAUAGCCCAUUAUCUUCUCCCUCUUCAACUUCAACGCAUUUAAAGAACUCACCGACACGUAAUUCUUCAGUUUCAUCAACGUCACCAACAUGCCCAUUUUGCGGUGAGUCGCCGACCACCGUUUUACGGCCUCUGACACAACUCCGAAACAUUUACACUUAUGUUAAUGCUAUGAAAAAAAUGCUCGCUCUCACUGUUCUCAGUCCACCAAGCGAUUCGCCAACAGUCACCAAUGAUAAAAACCGCACAAUAGACUCGGCCAUGACGCCUACGGGACCUUCAGUUGAUUUAAAUAAACCUCUUCCACCAUCGGCUACUCUUGAAUCUCUGUUUGGCAUGUCUCUCGAUGAUCCUACAAAUGUUUCUCUGAUGAACUUUAAUAUUGCUGAUAACGCCGAAACUACUCUCAAUAAAAUCCUUCUCAAGCGGUUUCAAAAUGCAACAGUUAAUUCAUACUCGGACCAAAAACCUUCACUACUUGACGUUUUCCGCACCGCUACAAACACAGUAGAUAAAUUUCAGCGAGAAACUGGGUACUUGACAGAACCUUCAGUAAUUGUGCCUAAGGAAGUUGGGCCUCUUUCUAGUAAUGUUGACUAUCAGUUAUUGCCGUCGAUCACCACAAAUUCCGGACCGAUCCCUUCUUUUGUAUCAUCCAUAACUCCAGAAGAAAUGGCAACGUACCGCCUCAUGACAGACUCUAUUGGUGGAAUCCGAUUGCCUAAGGCUGUCAUGCAGCAGCGGGAAAGUUUUUACAGUCGCUGUUUUCCGACUUAUCGUAAGCAAUUCAAGCAUUCUCUUAACAGCAGAUUUCCACUUGGACGCACUAAACCCUACAUUGCAACUGCAAUUACGCCAGAUGCUACAAAAUUCGUUGUUGUUUCGGAAACCCUGUGGUCUGUUUACAGAAUUCCUCUUGACUACAACGAGCCCCCUGUCCUUUGGCUCUCAGGAAAUACAGCAGGUGUCAUUACUAACCAUAUUGAUGAAAAAAAUCAAAGAAAAUCGACUUCUCCUCAAGGAUCUACAGCAUCGUCAAUUAUUUCCUCUUCUUCAUCUGUGUUGUCCUCUUACUCUAUCUCGUCUUCUUCAAUAGAAAUCGAUCCGGACUUAUAUUCCAAUUUUUACCCCACAGAAAAAGACGAUAUACGUAAUUGGACUCAUCAGCUCGCAUCUUUAUCCAACAGAUACUUGGCAGUUUCUGGUACCGGGGGUGUUCUUCGCGUUUAUGACAUUGAACGCGGUGGUAGACUGGUUUACCACUACAAGUCCAAGUUCAACAUCAAGUACCUGGCCAUUUCUUCAAGUGGAAAUUGUAUUGCCUGCGCAACAACGGGUUUCAAUAAAAAGAAACCGGAUCAGCCUGUCCCCAUGAUUGUGCUACACUGGCUUUCUAGUGGUGACUUUUGUCCCCAACUUGUGUAUUACAUGACUCAAAGUCUCUCUGCGCUUCCGAAACACCUGGUUGAUGCUGCAGACCCCCGCCUUAGUUUUCAGAAAGCAGAAACAAUUACCAUUGAGGUACCAUAUAAAGACAUUAUCAACACUCUUUCUUUUUCUAGCGAUGAAUCCUAUAUCGCGUGUUCCACUCGAAACACAUCUCACAUUCUUAUUAUUAACAUCACCAAUCAUCACCGGCCGCGACUGGUAAAGCCCCUAACUAGAUCAUAUAAUAUGGAUGACGCAGAGUCUGAGGGCACUACUUCUGUCCAGUUCCACCCGGGCAACCAUCUAAUUAGUGUCACAGCCGCGUGCCCCAAAUCAUAUCCUGUUAUCAUUGCUACAGAAAUAAGUUCUCAAACCAACUCUCAAUCGCACGCAACUCCUAUUAUUCCCUCAGAUCAAUCAAUUCAAACUUCGAAAUACCCUGAAACCAAUACUAAUGAUCCCACCCAACUCUAUCCAACAGCUUCCGGAGAUCCAGGCUCUGGUGCUUCGGCUUUGGCACCUACUCUCCGUACCUCGUCAACUGCAUCUGCAUCUGCGUCUGGGACAGGUGGGACCAAAUUCAAAGUGCUUAUGCAUGUGGAAAAGGUCGGGUCGAGGAUUUAUGGAUGUGCUGUGUCUCCUCGUGUGUCGAGGCCAUGGACAAGCAGCAGUGGUAGCAGCAACACUAAUAAUAAUAAUAGCGGAGGCCCAAGCAGUAAUAAUAACAAUAGUGUCUCUGCAAAUGCUGGCGGUUUUGGUUUUUUUGGAGGGAGCAUAUCCGGUGCCAACGUGAGUGUGAGUAACAGCGGGGGUCUUAGUGGUGGUAGCACCAGUACAAGUUGGAGUAAUGGGUUUGGUGGUAAUACUUUAAUGACGAGCACUAGCUCUAGUGGAGGUGGGGGCAGCAGUGUUGGCGGGACCAACACAAGUAUGGGUUUCUCAGCUCUAGCCUCAACUUCUCCAAUCUUUAUGAAUUCAGCUUUGACUAGUUCUAGUACAGGGAUUCCUCCUUUCCCUUCAUCUUCAACCUUUUCUUCAGCAACGGGCUCGACUUUAGGCCAACCAAUUUCUGUUGCAUAUCUUGAUAAAAACGGACUUGUGUAUUUGAUGCACACGCAGGACCGCGUGCACAAGCGCAUAGUCGUGCUCACAGAAAUGGCUUCUGCACCAACAUUUAUGGAAGCAGCAUCACUUCGCUUUACACCCACUGGACAUGCACUCUUUUCCCUUGAUCGUAAAGGAAAUUUUCACAUUCAAGACUUUGCUGCGGGGUAUCCUCAACAAGCCGGCAUUUCCAAAUGCCGCAUUCUGGCAUAG